ACGUGACCUACUUGCCACCUCCCAGCUGUGUUGUGCAGGACUUGCAUAUGACGUCACAGACCGAAGUUGACUUUAUUACCGUGCAGGCUACGGGAAAUUAACUACAGUUUGUCGGGACAACGAGCUCGAACGUAAGGUUUACCCGCUUUAUAACAACCACGACCACAGCACAUCAACAAACAUGAAAUUCUUUCUGGAAACCCUACAAGUGAUCCUGUUGUCCAUCUGGUACAACGUGGAGUCCUUUAUCUACUGCUUUUUACCUAAGAAGAGGAAGAAUAUAUCUGGCGAAGUGGUGCUAAUCACAGGUGCAGGCAGUGGGAUCGGUCGUCUUAUGGCACAGGAGUUUGCAGCUCUCGGCACUGCGCUGGUUUUGUGGGACAUUAACCAGGAAGGCAUGAAGGAAACGGCUCGAUUGGCCAAGCAGAGUGGAGCUAUAAGAGUUCACUACUAUCUGUGUGACUGUAGUGACAAGAAUGAGGUUUAUAGAGUCGCUGACCAGGUGAAGCGGGAGGUGGGUGACGUCAGCAUUUUGGUGAAUAAUGCUGGCAUUGUGACAGGAACAAAGUUCAUGGAUGCUCCUGAUUCCCUAAUUGAGAAAACGAUGGAAGUCAACACCUUGGCACACUUCUGGACCUAUAAGGCCUUCCUUCCUGCCAUGAUCGCCAAUAAUCAUGGUCAUCUGGUCAGCAUUGCUAGCUCUGCAGGACUCAUAAGCGUCAAUGGAUUGGCAGACUACUGUGCCAGCAAGUUUGCCGCAGUGGGAUUUGCAGAAUCUGUGGGUCUGGAACUCCUGGCAGCGGGCAAAGAUGGCAUCAAGACCACCAUUGUUUGCCCGUACUUCAUUAAUACUGGGAUGUUUGACGGAUGCCAAACUAAGUGGCCAAGAGUGCUCCCGAUCCUUGAUCCAAAUUAUGUUGCCAAGAAGAUCAUCCAGGCUGUACUAACAGACCAGGUCUUUCUCCUGUUGCCCAAGAGCAUGUACAUCAUUGCUGCUCUCAAGAAUAUCCUCCCCACGAAGCAGGGCACUCUGCUGGGUUACUACUUUGGAGCCUUCAACCUCAUGGAUUCAUUCAGGGGAAGAAACAAAAAAAAGGUGUAAAGGAGAGAAAACUGAAGAAUGUUUGAAAGGAAAGGAGAGUGGAGUGUCUUCAACAAUGAAACCACACUGAACACUUCCCUCGAAUGCAUCAACAAAAUGCACAUGUAGGUACUGUAAUUUGUAAAUGUAUUCAUACAUAUUACAGUGAUUGAUUAUUUUAUCACAGAUUAAAUGGAAAUGAGGACGGAUGUUUCAUCUUGUUUGUAAUAGUUCCUUAGUGUAGCUGUAUGUGAAUGUACUCAUAAUUAUCAUGCCAUUGUGCAUUUCCAUUCCGAUUAUUGUUGAAAUAAUUUCUUCUCUUGUCUGUUAUUAAAUUAUUCAUGUCUGAGCUUGCCAGAAAAAAACAAAAUAAAUAUAAUUUUCUCUGCAUGUACAAGGUGUAUAUGACAUGUUCUCUGAACCUGCUGACUAAAAACCAGACAAGAGUCCAAAUUUUCAGUUGAGGUGCACUCAAAACAUACUUAUUUUUUGCAAUGUUCAAUCACCACCACAUCAUAAAAAAACACGUCAAAAGAUAACCGUACAAUGUUAAGUUCAUGAAAAAUAUAAUAAAACCUUGCACUCACAAAACAUGAAUGUCAGUGAUAACAGUUGUGAUGAUUGGACACCACAUGAUUUUUAUGCUGAGAAGCAUUCACACAUCAAAUUCUACAGUACAGCAGUUUUCAUCUGUUACUUCUAUUGUCUAUUCUCUGCCUCAUUUUUUUUUAACACCUCCCA